UGCAAUUUUUAAUUUAUUUUGUAAAUAUAACAUUCCAUUUCCAUCAUAACCAUUAUUUAAUAAAUGAUAUCAGAAAACAAAAAUGGUUAUGUGACCAUCUCAACUAGUUUCAGUGAACUAUAAAAAAAUAAAGUUUUAAAAGGUUCAUGCGAUGUACCUUGUUUUUGUGCUACUUUAAAGGAACCGUGUUACAGCAUAUAUUUAUUUUCUGCUGAAAUAUAAAAAAACAGAUAGAUACAGAGGAAGACAUGGACGCGGACAUGGAGGGGGCGGGACGGGGCAUGCUGGACGACAUGCCGCCCAUCAACUACGAGGCCCUGCAGGGCGACGUCGGUGCCGGCUGCAACGAUGUCGGAGACAUGACCUUUUGCAUGGGGAACUACGUCUCCGACUUUAUGAAGAUGAUGUUCACCAUGCGCUCACACCACAUGCUCACAGACGUAGUGCUAGAGGUCGGCAGCGAGCUUUUUCACGUCCACAAAGUCGUUCUGGCCGCCGGCAGCCCCUACUUCAAGGCGAUGUUCACAAGCGGACUGAAAGAGUGCGAGAUGUCACGUGUGCGGUUACAGGGCGUGUGCCCGUCGGCCAUGGCGUGGCUCGUGUACUUCAUGUACACGGGCAAGGUGCGCAUCACGGAGGUCACCGUGUGCCAGCUGCUGCCCGCCGCGACCAUGUUCCAAAUAUCGAACGUGAUCGAGGCGUGCUGCGCGUUCCUGGAGCGCCAGCUGGGCCCGUCCAACGCCAUCGGCAUCACCAACUUCGCGGAGCAGCACUGCUGCACCGACCUCAAGCAGAAGGCCAACCAGUUCAUUGAGAGGCAUUUCACGGAGGUCUGCCAAGAGGAGGAAUUCCUUCAACUGACGCCGUCAGAGCUGAUAGCCCUGGUGCGGAAAGACGAGCUGAACGUGCGAGAAGAGUGCGAGGUCUACAAUGCCGUGCUUAGUUGGGUGAAAUACGACGAAGACCGGCGACACCCGCGCAUGGAACACAUCCUCCAAGCCGUGCGCUGCCAGUACCUCACGCCUAGCUUCCUCAAGGAGCAGAUGAGCUCGUGUUCUGUGCUGCAGAAAGUGCCCGCCUGUCGGGAGUACCUUGCGAGGAUAUUUCAGGAUCUGACAUUACACAAGAAGCCAGUAGUAAAGGAGCGGCGGCCGAACACGCCGCGCAUCAUCUACGUCGCUGGGGGCUACCACCGGCACUCCAUCGACGUUUUCGAGGCAUUUAACCUGGACGACGGUUGCUGGACGACACUGCCGCGGCUCACGGUGCCGCGCUCGGGGCUGGGCGCGGCCUUUCUCAAGGGUCUGUUCUACGCGGUAGGCGGCCGGAACACGUCACCGGGGUCCUCGUACGACAGCGACUGGGUGGACGUGUACAACCCCGCCAACGAGCACUGGCGGCCCUGCAGCCCCAUGUCCACGCCCAGGCACAGGGUAGGAGUAGCGGUAAUGGACGGACUAUUGUACGCGGUCGGAGGAUCGUCGGGUUCGGAGUAUCACAAGUCUGUAGAAUGCUACGACCCCGAGAAGGACGUGUGGUCGACGGUGGCGCCGAUGGCGUGCGCGCGGCUCGGCGUGGGCGUGGCCGUCGUCAACCGGCUGCUGUACGCCGUCGGCGGCUUCGACGGCGCGCGACGCGUCGCCACGGCCGAGUGCUACCAUCCGGAGAACAACCGCUGGUCCGAGAUCGCGCCCAUGCAGCACGCCCGGAGCGGCGCCGGCGUGGCGGCGUUAGGGCAGUACAUCUACGUGGUGGGUGGCUACGACGGGUCGCAGCAGCUGGCGUCGGUGGAGCGCUACGACACGGAGCGCGACGUGUGGGAGCCCGCCGAGGCCGUGCGCAUCGCGCGCUCCGCGCUCUCGCUCACCGCGCUCGACAACCGGCUGUACGCCAUGGGCGGCUACGACGGCACAUCAUUCCUCGACAUCGUGGAAGUGUACGACCCUAGCACGAACACGUGGUCGGCCGGCCCGCCGCUCACGUCGCUGCGCUCCGGCCACGCCUCCGCCGUGUGCCACCAGCGCGUGGCCUGCUCCGGCCUGUCCGACCCCGCGCCCGACCGCGCGUCCGACCCCGCGUCCGACCCCGCGCGCCGGCCGCAGCCCACCGCCAGCACGCAAGACAUACCCAUGGCCAAUAAUAUCAUAGGAACUUUAUCCAAUAAUAACUGUAGAGGAUGCUUAUAGCAGCAGUGAAUACGAGACUAGACGCGCGAGGCAGCUAACGAGCUUUUUGCACUCGUCGAACUAAGGGUACCGUGGCUUAAAAUAGCACAAUCUCAAAUCCUAAGUUAAGAGUGAGAAAGACUGCCAUAAAGACGGCCCCGUUUGAAAGGUGCGUAUCAGUGCAGUGAGCGCCGCGAGAAAUCUUACGGAUCAGAAUCUUGAUCGGAUGAAAUGUAGUUUUUCGGACUAUUACGCGUAUGUUACUGUGUGUGGUGUGGUUGAAAACUUUAUGCCUAUUAUAAUGAUCGAAUUAUAUGUAAUUUCUUGGUCUCUGGGUGACACCGUACGCUGCAUACGGCGUCAAAUUGUGUUAGAGAACAGAACAUUUCCUUAAAAUUUGAUGCUGUACGCUGUCCACCGCGUAAUGCGUCCAUUGGAGACCGAGCCUACAGUUACAGUUGGCGAUAAAAAAAAGUAUAAGAACUGACUUUGGAAGCAAUUCGAAGCAGUUCGUGAUAUUUCCAAUCUUGUGACAUAGAGUCAGUCAGAUCAAGCUAACUUGGCAGCGAUUUUGAUAGCACAAACUUCUAUGAAAUUAUGACGUUUAAUAUAACACUUGCACAGUAUGUGCUAUCAAAAUCGCUGUCGAGUUAGCUUGGUCUGACUCUAGCCAUAAUUUACCAUAUAUUUAUAUGCAUAUAUCUGCGACCAUGCGUGACAAUGACAAUACAAGUCGAAUUAAACUAUAAAUAAAAACUUUUUACAAAAAAAAAGAAAACAGACUUCAAAAAGGAUUAAAAUAAAAUAUUAAACUAAGUAUAUAUGUUACCAACUGAUAUGUUUGAAGUCGGUGCCAAGCCAAAAUUUGAAGCGUAUCAUUACUUUGGUGCAAUUCGAUAAAGAUGCGGCUGUAUGUACGUUGGAUUGUCUUUAGGGCUUCCAAAUACCGGACCUUUCGCAAUACCGGUAUCUCGGGAUCCCGGGAUUUUUGAAAAAAAUAGGAGCCAAGUAACUUAAUUUAAAAAUACCAAAUUUUAAUCAAAUUCUUCUUUAUUUUGCAUUCGUGUUACAAUAUAUAGUAUUUUUAACAAUGAUAUAACAAUAAUAAGCCUCUUUUCUCUCUAUUCACUAGUUCCUGCACUUGCAGCCCAAUCGAAUACAUAAACAUUUUUAAUAUAAAAGGUACAAUGAUUUUAAACAUAAAUAAAGUAGCACUUACAGUGCAUUGUGUAAAAGACAACAUCUUAACUUCUAAACAUUGGCUAAAUCAUUGUACCUACUAAAAUGUACUUAAAAUAUAAUAAUUUAAUUUGAUUAAGCAAACUUUUAAGGUUAUUUUACAAUUGAAAUGAAAAAUAAAAUAAAUUUAAAAAUAAUUAGCAAUUUCCCCACUUGUAAUGUUAUAAAAAUCAGUCUACAACUUGUAUGGGUUGGCCACUCUUCAUAAUGGUGUCAUGCUUCAAAACUUGUAUCACCGAAUUAGGCGUGUCACCAAAUAUUGCGAGUUUACCCUAUUUGGGGAAGUUUUUCAUAUUGUUACUAGGGCUUACACGCACACAUUAAACAAAAAUUUAAAAUUCAAUUUCUAAGACCCAUAAUGGUUAUAAGUGUUUUUUUUUAUAUAUUCAAACAUUAUAUACAGUCUCACAAAUCUUACAAUACUAUUUAAAAUCAAACCUUUUUGUGCGUCAAUGUCAUUGAAUAUUAAUUUUGUAUAUUCUUUAAAUAAAAUGAUCUAUUGUACUUAAGUAUUUAAAUAAACCCACGUGGUAUAUUUCUCCAUUCGGAAGAAACAUGACAUGAGUUAUAAACCAUUUCGUAACUUGAUCAUUAUCGAGUAUAUCUAAUAAAUAAAUCAAAAAUGCAUACUUAAAUUGUUGUGAGAUUCACAUAAACCACAGCCGGCGCGAAACUAUAAGUACAGGAUAGCUUAUAGCUUACGUACACAUCACGUUAUAAGCACCGAAAACCGACUGGCUACAUCGCGCAAGACAGAGAAUGCUGUCGAAUCGUAAAACGAGAGGAAGACUCAAGAUCUAUGCGCGCAAAGCUCCGUGGUGAUGCCGAAUUUUAAUGUUUCAAUGGGUGUUUUACGUUUGUUUUGCAUAUUUUGUUAGAUAAUAAAAAUACCGGGAUCCCGGUUUUUCAAAAUUAAAUACCGGUAUUCAAAUCUACCAUAAAAAGGAUUGGAAGCCCUAAUUGUCUUACACGACGGCAAUGAACAUACUCUCUCUAUGGUCGUCGGUACAUUAGUAUAAAUCCUAUGCGUUUAUUGCCGUCGUGUUUUUUUAAGAGCAUCAAUUCUUACUUAUUUUCGAACCGACCAUAGCACGCAAGCGUUAUUUCCCGUUCCUCGUCCAGAGGACUUGAUUUAAUAAAACAACUCAUGGACCAUUAACACAUUCAACUUUUUACUUUCAUGCCAAAUUUCACCUAGAUCGGUUCCGUUGUUUAGCCGAGAAAAGGUGGUAAGUGGUAAAGAAAGACGAGAGUUAUAUGUUACUUACACGUUUGUAAUAUUCGUACAGUUGUCCAUAAACUACGUCCGGACCCGGGUAUGUCCUUAAACUAUGUCCACAAGAGAGGUAUGGGCACUGCGAAUGACAUCUCGCUUUGUGUGGUAGGGCUAGGGCACAGGACAGCGGAUGUCAUCCAGAUCUAGAGCAGAGCCCAACUGGGGAAGUACCUCCACCUUACAGAAAACCGCAGCCAAAUAACACUAGACCCUACUCAUAGUGCUGUUCCUGCUGGUGAGUAAGGUUGCCAGAGCUCAACGCGCAUGUAACUCCUCUGGAGUUGCAGGCGUACAUAGGCUACGGAGACUGCUUAACAUCAGGCGGGCCGUAUGCUUGUUUGCCACCGACGUAGUAUUAAAAAAAAGUUGUACUGUGAUUUUUAGACAGCUGAUUUUUUAACCGGUAUUGCUACUAUUUGGCUUGGCACCGACUUAAAACAUAUCAGUUGGUAACUAAGGGUGGUAUUGCGUCUCACUCUGUCAUUAAGAAAAAUGGGAGACAAAAUACACAUUGGACAGAUGAAAUACCACCCUUACGGACAUACUUAAAAAGGAUAAUAUUUUAUUUUAUCAUUUCUGAAGUCGUUUUUCUUUUUUUGUGUAAAAAGUUUUUAUUUUUCCAUUUUUAGUUUCAAGUAUUAAGAGCUUAUGAGUAGAGUAGUAUGAAUGAAAAACUUACCUAUGUUUACUGAAUUUGUAAACUAAUAAUUAUUCAGGAUUUUCCUCAAGUCUGUUUAGGUGACCACUCGUCAUUACACUAAGUCCAUCUUCCGCCCCGCCACUGACCAAAUCCCUCAACCCCCUGAUCACUCAACCUUUCAGCACAUCAACUUCUGAUCAAUGAACCCCUCAACCCUGAACCCCCAACUUCAUCAUCAGGUCCACUCCAUCAAUUUUGUGGUUUUCGAGAGGAAAUGCUCCACCCUUACGGACAUACUUAAAAAGGAUAAUAUUUUAUUUUAUCAUUUCUGAAGUCGUUUUUCUUUUUUUUUUUGUAAAGUUUUUAUUUUUCCAUUUUUAGUUUCAAGUAUUAAGAGCUUAUGAGUAGAGUAGUAUGAAUGAAAAACAUACCUAUGUUUACUGAAUUUGUAAACUAAAAAUUAUUCAGGAUUUUCCUCAAGUCCGUUUAGGUGACCACUCGUCAUUACACUAAGUCCAUCUUCCGCCCCGCCACUGACCAAAUCCCUCAACCCCCUGAUCACUCAACCUUUCAGCACAUCAACCUCUGAUCAAUGAACCCCUCGACCCUGAACCCCCAACUUCAUCAUCAGGUUCACUCCAUCAAUUUUGUGGUUUUCGAGAGGAAAUGCUCCAGUUGCUUAUGAAAAGACCCAAUUCACCAUACACGUGCCUUUAAAAAUUGAGGAGUUCCAACAUAAGAUCAGAACGAAAACCACCUUGGACGUAGUUCCUUUCGAACAAAAAAGAAUGAUUCAAAUCGGACCAUAAUUGGUGAACAUACAUAAAAAAACACACACACACACACCAAACCGAAUACAGAACCUCCACCUUCUAUGAAAUUGAAGUCGGUUAAAGUGUAUUUCCGUUUAUAGUCAAAUAUUAAAACUGUACUUACUGUUGUUGUAAUUCUCAGUUAUAAAGUGAAUGUGGAUAGUUAUUUGAUACAUGAUAAAUGUUAUGUUCAAUGUGAUAAUGUAAAUAUAUUAUUUUUAAGGGCUCUUUGUAAGGAAAGCAAAGACUGUUAUGGGAAUAAAAGAUUGAA